AUGACUAUCUUUCCCGCGCUAUAUCGAGUCGAGGGGAAUAAUCAGCAUGAUAUUUUGGUUUCCAAGGGGACUCUCCUAGUCAAGGCUUGUGAGGAGAGUCUCCCACCUUUGAAAAAGCUGAAGCUUGCUUGGAGCGCAGAUUCUCGAGAUCAAAGUCCUUCUAUCAAGCCCGAGCCCGACAACAUGACUCAGAAUCGAACCAUGCAGAACAUUCCAUGGACAUCGAAUCAUGCUGGCAGUUCCCAGAAAUUCCAGAAGAGAGCAGCUGGAGACGGCAACUUCCAAGUUGUCAUCCCCAAGCAGCACUCCAGCUGA